AACCAAUUGAAAUUAAGAAAAUUAUACAGAUUUAUGUGACAUAUUUAUUUUUUUAAAUACCUUUAUUAUGUGCUUGAUUGAAAAAGAAAUAGCAAUAUUUUUAAAAUGAAUGUAACUUUGGUAUUACUAUUCAAAUAUUUGUCAAUCUCCUAAAAAUUGGUUUCACUUUCAAUCACUAAAUACAAUAUUCACUUCUAAAAUUAAAAUCACAUGGAGACAACCUUUUUUCAUCGUUAAUAGUCACGUGAUUUUUUUACUACAAGCCUAAGGUAUGGCUGAAACGAAAAUAAAUAGUGUAAAAUCCUCAUCAAUGAUUGGGACAAACCAAAAGUGUAAGGACAGUGUUUCAGAAUUAAUGAAAUACACCAGUUUAGAAGAUGAAGUAGAAGUUAUAACGUCAACUCUUCCUAAACCGAACCUUGAACAAUACCCUAUUCCGCAUUCAAGUAACGCUAAUUUAAAUACUGGAUUUCAUACUCAGGUUCAGCGAUUGUUAUCUCCACCCAAGAAAAGGGUGUUUCAACAUUUACGGGAAGAAUUAGGUGAGACCGCUUACAAAUCUUAUUGGACUACGGAUUUAGGAAAAGCUCCAGAUCAAGUACCGAACUUGCCGGUCGGAAUGAAUCCAGAAACUACGGUUUUUGGAAGGCCAUCUAAAAAAACUGAAGAGGAAUUCACAAACACUGUUAGCGAUGUGGUUUUCCCCAAGAAACCAUAUGGUGAAAUUGAACUUGAAUAUGAAUUAGGAUUGAAUUUAUACAAAAGAACUCAUAAUCACUACCUCCCAGGGCAAAAGAGAGAUCACUAUUACGACGCUCCUAAUGAUCUCGUUUUUGGUAAAAUUGGAGAAUAUAGCAAAACUGGGAAAGGAACGAAGCAUUGCCUCCAGUGGUUUGUGCAAUCAAAUGUUUCAAGAACAUCAAAAAGACUCGCCAAGUUUAAAGAAAGGACUUAUGCUCCAUUUGGCCAAGUCCUUUCUCCGAAUAAGAACAUUCUGGCAGUAGGAUUGGAUCAUACUUUCGGAAUUAAAACUAUCAUUGAUGAAACUGGUGCAAGGGAAGCAAUGCGGUAUGUCCCUGUAAAUAAUGGGAAAUAUGUCAUUGGAGAAUUUAUUUCUUACAUUUCUUCAUUGAGAAACAAGUUAAAGAAGAGAAUUCCCCCUUUUCCAUUUUUUGAACUUUUGGCCAAUUUUAAAAUACUAGAUCAGAAAAGCUGUGGCUGCUUACCCCUUUCAAUGGUUUACAACGUCUGCAACAGCUUUGGCCUUUUUUUUGAUAACAAAAUAUACGAAGCAGUUUUAAAAAAACUGGGAAUACUUCAUGGAGAAAAUACUGAUAUUGUUAGCUACCGCAAAUUCUGUAAUUUGCUUGAUUGUACCAAGCCUUUUCCAGUACUGCCUAAAAUUGAUGAUAUUCCCGAUGAAUUAAAAUGUUAUGAAACUACUUAUCAAGCACUAUCUAAAGAUCAUAUGAAGUUAAAGGAUUAUCAAAAUAUAUCGACAGCCGGUGUACCUACCCUAAGAACAGACAGAGAGGCACCUCAAGAUGGAGAGUGUAGAGCAGAAACGGAACUUCUUCUUGAUGAGAACGGAGUAGACUCUUGCAUCAGACCAUCAAUUUUCACAUCAUAUGGUCUUCACCCUAGAGAUUUUAUGGAGUUGAAAUCAAAAGAUUAUAUGAAAGAUUUAUGGAAGAGAGUAGGAGUCACAAUACCAGAUGAAGUUUUUGAGCUUAUGUGGAAAGAAGCUCUUACUCGAGAAGAAAAUAACGCUGAAAAAAAUAUGGUUUGCAUUGAAACUUUUAGAAACAUUUUAGAUGAAAUGAGUGCAGCAAAACUUAAUGAAAUGCAAGAGGGCUGAUUAAGAAUUUUGAAUGAAUAAUAAAAUUUAUAGUCAAUA